AUGGCCAUUGACUUACUUGCCUCACUCAACCCGCGCCCAAUUCAUCGUCCCCCACCGGCAUUGCCUGGCCGGCCGCCCUGCAUCUCGCAUCUCGCAUCUCGCAUCGUGCAGCAGCUUUGCAGCCUCGCGGCGGCGGCAAGCGUCAUGCGGUCGCAUCUCGCCGCAAAUGCAGCCACUCAAACGCUCCCUUGCCGCUAA